CAGAUAUCGAGACGUACUACAAGCUGGUACGCUAAGGCUUGAGAGCUAUACCUUGCUGCUUGCUGCUUUCUGUUUCAGCUCCCGGCGGAAUCGAGAGAUGGCGGCGAAGGUGACGGUGGAGGAGGUGAGGAAGGCGCAGCGCGCCGAGGGCCCGGCGUCCGUGCUGGCCAUCGGGACGGUGACGCCGCCAAACUGCGUGUACCAGGCGGAUUACGCGGACUACUAUUUCCGGGUCACCAAGAGCGAGCACAUGACCGAGCUCAAGGAGAAAUUCAAGAGGAUAUGCCGCAAGUCGAUGAUCCAGAAGCGCUACAUGCACUUGACGGAGGACAUCCUGCUGGAGAACCCCAACAUGGCCUCAUACUCUGCCCCAUCCCUGAACGCACGCCAGGCCAUCCUGGUGGAGGAGGUACCCAAGCUGGGCGCCGCAGCGGCGGAGAAGGCGCUCAAAGAGUGGGGCCAGCCGCGUUCCCAGAUCACGCACAUCAUCUUCUGCACCACCUCCGGCGUCGACAUGCCCGGCGCCGACUCCCGGAUCAUCAAGCUCCUCGGCCUGGACCCCUCCGUGAAGCGGGUCAUGCUCUACCACCAGGGCUGCUUCGCCGGCGGGAUGGUGCUCCGGAUCGCCAAGGACCUCGCCGAGAACAACCGCGGCGCCCGGGUGCUGAUCGUGUGCUCGGAGAUCACCGUGGUAACGUUCCGGGGCCCCUCCGAGGCUCACCUCGACUCGCUAGUCGGCCAGGCUCUGUUCGGCGACGGCGCGGCUGCGGUGAUAGUAGGCGCGGACCCCGACGAGCAUGUGGAGCGGCCAUUGUUUCAAAUGGUAUCAGCGUCGGAGACCAUUCUGCCUAACUCGGACGGCGCCAUUGAAGGUCACCUCCGUGAGGUUGGGCUCACCUUCCAUCUCCAGGAAAGAGUCCCGGAGCUCAUCUCCUCCAACAUCGAGCGCCUGUUGGAGGAGUCCUUCAAGCCGCUCGGCAUCUCCGAUUGGAACUCCAUCUUCUGGGUGGCGCACCCCGGCGGCCCGGCAAUCCUGAACGCGGUGGAGUCCAAGGCUGGAAUUGACAAGGCCAGGCUCCGCGCCACCCGCCAGGUCCUUUCUGAGUAUGGCAACAUGUCAAGCGCCUGCGUGCUCUUCAUCCUCGACGAGAUGCGGAAGUUCUCGGCCGAAGAUGGACGAGCUACUACCGGUGAGGGCAUGGACUGGGGUGUGCUCUUUGGCUUUGGUCCAGGCCUCACCGUCGAGACCGUCGUUCUCCACAGCGUCCCCAUCACUACUGGGCAUGCCGCAUAACCGUUACCGUCAUAGAUAUAAGAAAUAAUAGCCUCUCAUAUCACUUAUGGGCUAUGGCUAUCCACACCACCACACCCUAAUGGUUUAUUUGGAUUUGUCACGCAAAAAAUGUAGGAGUACUACAGGAAGUACCCCUUGUGUUUUUUAAGAAUUUAGUAUUUCGUAUUGUAUUAGCUACUUUGUCAACCCGUGCAAUUCAGCUGGGCUAGUAAUAAACAUGUGUUAUUCUGAGAA